ACAGCGCUGGGGAUUCCCCGAGGGAAGUUCCCAGCGCAAAGUAAACUAUGUAAAAUGUACAUUUGUAGACAUACACCAUAUCCUCCUUCUGAACUUCAUAUUAUUUGUAGGCCACAUGAAGAACAAGAAGGUAUCGAGGUGGCAAAACAAUAUUGUCAAAUAUUUCUAAUGAAGAGCUCAUGCCUGCCGUGGCCGUGAUGACGGUGGAGCCCGCGGGAUGGAGAGGAACAUCGGAGAGCAGCUCAACAAAGCCUUUGAAGCUUACCGCCAGGCCUCCAUCGAGAAAGACGGCGCCAAAAGGGAACUUCAGCAGAAGACUGAGAGUUACGAACGAUACAUCCAGCAACUUCUAAAACAGAUCGAGGACCAGAAGCAAAAGAUUUUCAAACUUGAGGCUCAGUUGAUAUCUAACCCGUCAACAGGAGAGGUGAAAUGUGAGGAAGAAACUGCACUGCCUGUCAAUCAUCUCCUUGACAACACACCCUUCCGUAGGAGCCUGCUUCCCCCGGAGGUGAAUAUGGAGCCUGCUGUUGCUACACCUCAGAUAUUACCUGUGAACAGCAGGGUUGAGAAGUACGAGGACGUCCUGGAGGCAUUCGAAGACCUUCAAGGGAAUUUCCAUCAGAUACAGACUUUAACAAGAAGACAGAAAGAUCACCUUAAAAGAUUUUACAGAGGAAAUGAUAUGACAAAUGAGCAACAGUUCUCCAUGCCCAUCCAGUGUACGGACGGGACAGCGGAUGGGGGGGGGAGCUCGGUGCCCUCAGGCCUGCACCGUGGGUUGGCCCCCCAGCCGCCGCGAGUCCCCCUGGCCCCCCUGGAUCCCCGCGGAGCCGACCAGGAGGACAGGGACCUGGACGAGUCCCUCACCAAGCUCAGUGUCAAGUUCCCUCCUUCCACAGACAGUGAAUACGAGUUUCUGAACAGCACCCCAGACAGACAGGUGGCUCACCUGGGGCUGGCUCACCUGGGGCUGUCGCCUGGGAAGCGGCCCGCAGUCUGCAGCAUCGCCACAGUGCUGGACGAGGAGAUGUCUGGAGAGCUCAGCGCCCACUUCUCCUUCCCCACGUCUUCCUCCGCACCCCGCUCCCCGGCACACUCCCACUCUCACCUGCGGGAGAGUGUUCGGGGACCCCAACAGCCUCUCUGGAGCCCUGUGCUGUGUUGUGAAGAAGCCCCACAAGGCAGCGAGGAGGAAGGGCACAGCAGCCCGAGUGACUGUGCUUUCUGCCAUGAGGUGGUGCCGCCCCAGCAGUGGAACAGCCACCUUUACUCCCACUUCAAUAAGGGAGCAAGGAACUGACUCCAGAAGAGGAAGCUUUGGCCGUACAAUGCAACAGUACAGCCUCCAGGGUGAACCUGGUUUCUUUGUGUCUCUGUUGCCCCACGGAGGGGUGAGCGUGCCAGGCGGAGGGGGACCCACACUGCCGGUUGCGAUUGGGACUUGAAUCCGCUCUCAGUCUUUUAUUUAAUUAAAUGUUGAACAAAAAAAGGAGAAGUUGAAUGGUACUGUACAUUUGACAGCUUUUAUUUUUUGGUUUUGUAAAGUAUAAUUUUGGCACAGUACUUAAUAAAUAUAUAAUUAAUCUUAGCAGGCUGUUCCAUUUUAUGGCAGUUUAACUUAGCAGACAGUGUAACAUUGUCUUCAGAAAAUCCUAAUUCACAGGCUGUGAGAGUGUUAAAAAAACUAUACAUUGUACUUAAUAAACGGAAUCAUAUUUUAACUUAAUAUCAAGGUAGGUUUAAGUAGGCCUGCGUAUUUU